AUGGCGACCGGUGAGAGGCGAUCAAAUCUCAGGUUGCUCAGGACGUCAUUGAUUCUGGACCAAGGCGACACACGCACGACUCGCCAUGGAGAGUGUCUCAGACUGUGUACUUCCAACGCGAGAACAGUUUCCACAGACGCUGACCUGCAUGCCUUUCUCGUAGCUGCAGAGCAUAUCAAAUUUCACGUGAUUGCUCUGCAGGAGACCAAGUGCAGAAGGAGCGACGCGGUGUUGGUUUUGUUGUGCACCCAUCUGUCAUCCAUCUCGUCGAUUCUCACGAGAUCCUGUCACCUCGUCUGGCCAUUCUUCGCCUCCAUCCUCUGCGCCAAAAAUUUCAUCAACUGCUACUCACCAACAUCAGCAGCUGAUGAAUCUGAAUUGGACGCGUUUUACGAGGAGCUGGAGGAAGUAGUCCGCAACGAGAAGUCCUUCUACAAAUCCGUUGUCGGAGACUUCAACGCAAAACUAGGAAAGGCCACAGAAGAGGAAUACAGGAUUGGAAGAUUUGGACUAGGGGGCCGGAAUGAAAAUGGCAAUCGUCUCGCCGGGCUGUUGUCCGCCGCUCGCCUCUUUUAUGGGAACUCUCUUUUCAUGAAAAAAAGAUCAUCAUCGGUGGACAUGGGAAUCGCCCAAUGGCGCGACUCGUGUGGAGAUCGACCACAUACUCACCAACCGAAGCCACACGAUGAAAAAGAACAUCUGCUAUCGGCAACGAAGGAAAAAAGAAGUCGUCUACGACGAUUGCGUACUCGAGGACUCCUUGUCCCAAGAUACAUCGAGGAGGACCCAAGUGUGGACUACGAGAUGCUGCUCAGAGGAUUACGAGCCUGUGCUGAACGUGCCUCGAAGCCGCGCACGACUAACUUGGAUCGAAUUUCGAAGACCACCAAGGAAUUGUUAGGAAGAAGAAGGGCUUUGAGGCUUGAUCCGAAUGCAUCGCACAUUGAGCGGUUAGUAGCAAACGCUAGCUGCAGAAAAGCGUUGCAGGAGGAUCUUUUGAAGUACAGGCAGAAGAAGAUUCUAGAAGCAGCACAAAGAAGAACGAGUCUAAAGAAGUGCCGCAGGGAUCUCCGCGAAUAUAAUAUUCCGCUAGCAACCUUGCUGAGCGAAGACGGUACUCGCACGUCUUCUCGUCGUGAGAUGGAAAUCAUUACGGAGAGGUUCUAUUCGAACCUUUUCCGUUCAUCAACUCCUGUGUCGAGCCCAAUCAUCCCCACUAGCGAAGCUCCACCACGGAUUCUCCCUUCGGAAGUACGAGUCGCUAUCAAGAACAUGAAACCUGGCACAGCCCCCGGACCUGAUUUUACAUCAGCAGACUUUCUUCGGGCUGGUGGCCAUCCGCUUCAUGUAAUCUUAGCAGUGCACAUGACAUCUUACCUUCAGAAAGAAAAGAUCCCAGACCAGUGGAAGACCUCGCGAACCGUUCUUAUCCAUAAGAAAGGUGACCGAGAGGACCUUCGGAACUACCGUCCGAUAUGCUUGCUGAGUGUGUUAUACAAAGUAUUCACUAAGAUCAUCCUCACGCGCAUAUCUAGGACGCUGGAUGAAGCCCAGCCUCAAGAACAAGCUGGAUUCCGCCAGGGAUUCAGCUGCUUGGACCACAUCCAGACCGUGUCGAGGGUCAUGGAGGUUUGCCGGGAAUACCGCCUGCCCCUUGGUCUAACCUUCGUCGACUAUGAGAAAGCCUUUGACAGCGUAGAAACGAAUGCAAUACUGUCAGCGCUGGUCGAUCAAGGUGUGGACGCGUCGUAUGUGAGGACAUUAGCCAAUUGCUACGAUCGAUGCACGACUAGGAUACAGCUUUUCCACCGCCCUUUCACAAUACCCAUUGGAAAGGGGGUACGACAAGGCGAUACUAUAUCGCCGAAACUGUUCACGGCAAUGGAUAAUGAAAUCACUAUCCUGGGAAGAAAGGGGCACACGUGUUGA